GGAAUUGGGAUAUAAAAACAAGGCACAGCAUAAGUAUUACCGAACCCAUUAAACAGUUUAAACUCUUCUCUUCCCCAAGACUCCAAACUCUGUUCCACCUUCUUUGUUCCAAACUGCAAACUCCUUCCUUGAAACGAUGACUGCUAUUUCCAAUUCGCUGACUUCUCUCCGGUUUUCUUCUGGAUCUUCUCUGAAGCAAUCCCAACAAUGUCUCGGGUUUAAGAACUUGUCACUCUAUACAAACCGUGCCGGUAAAGUUCAAUUUUCGAGCUCCAAGAGGUCUUUUGCUGUUCAAGCCUCAUACAGUGAUGGUGGGAGGUCAAACAGUGGAAGCAUCUUUAUCAGUGGCUUUGUUUUGGGAGGACUCAUAGUUGGCACUCUGGGUUGUGUAUAUGCUCCUCAGAUCAGUAAAACACUCGCUGGAGCUGACCGAAAGGAAUUGAUGAGAAAGCUUCCCAAUUUCUUAUAUGAUGAAGAAAAAGAAGUGGAGAAAACACGAAAAAUACUGGCUGAGAAGAUUGCACAGCUGAACUCUGCUAUUGAUGGGGUUUCUGGUCAGCUCCAAACCAAAGAGGACCCAGAUGAAGUGCAUGUGAACGGAGAUGAAGUUGAAGCUGCCCUAUGAGAUCGCUCUGAUAGACGUUUUUCACUAAUUUCAGUGUACCCCUUUUCUCCUUAAUAACAAGAGCAGUUGUCUUCUUUUGAUGUGAGGGACCUUACUAUGGUCUGUGUAACUGUACCUCUAAUACUUGGACACCAUUGACAACCAUAUUUCUUUCAGCUGCAAUGUAGCCUAUUAACGUUAUCAAAGAUUUGUCAUGAUAUAUAGUUUUGAGUGAUAUAA